AUGACAAUUCUUCAGAAAAUCUACCAAAGCACACUGCAAUGUGCAGCAACAUCAAAUAAGUCAGCAGGUCUCAUUUCAGUGCUGGUAGAAUUGAGACUCAAUGGAUUCACUCACCGGCAGCAUGAGAUUUGGUGCACCAUGUUUGGGAUGGCCACCUGUGGCCCCUUCAAGGGUGGACGCACCCCACCACCAUUGAGUGCCCAUGAGCACCUAGUUCGGGUGCCUCCAGUGCUCUGUGCUUCCUCCCACCAUUUUGGUGCACCUACCACUCCACCUCACUUCUUGAGGAUGCUGCCAAUCAAUGGUAAGGCUCAGCAUUCCAAGGCUGUGAUCCGUGCAGGGCCUCAGGAGUACCCGCUCAAUUGCAGUGGCCUCAUCCGCGGGUGCUGGAAUCAACCCCACCCAAAAUGGGAGCAAGAUGAGGGUGUCCACAAGGCUGAAGGAGAAGAUGAUGAUGAUGAUGUCAUCGAGGAUGCACUCAAAGCCUAUACAAAGAUGUUUCCCCAAGCUAUGUCAGGUGACCACUUGUGGAAAGAGGUGUUGGACACUUCUGACCGGAUGUCAGAGAUUAUGUCGCUCAGGAUUGCUGACCGUGUUGACAUUGUGGAUGAAAUGGGUGUCUGGAGGGCCCGUGUUGCCACAUGCUACAGUGAAGGCAUACACAUCAUGAACCACUGUGCAACAUAA